UUCAAAAAAUUAGGAAUACGAGGUCCAAGACCAUCAUUGGUUUAUGGUAACUUAAAAGAAAUAUUAGAAAAAGGCCAACAUCAAGCGAUUCAAGAUUGGACCCAGAAAUACGGAAGAAUAUUUGGAUAUUUUGAAGGUUACACACCAGUUAUAACAGUAGGUGAACCCGACUUAUUGAAGGAAAUCCUCGUCAAAGACUAUCCAAAUUUCAAAAGACGAAAAUCGUUUCCAUUAGCACCAAAGAAAAGUCUCGGUCUGUUUUUGGAGGAAGGUGAUCAAUGGAAAAAGAGUCGCUCUAUGCUAACGCCUGCCUUUAGUUCAGGGAAGAUGAAAAAGAUGUUCUCAAUUAUGAAUGAUUGUACGGAUCUUUUCGUCGAGAAUUUGGAUGGAAAAGCAGAUGACGGCAAAUCGUUUGAUAUAUACAGCAUGUUUCAAUGUUUAACUGUCGAUGUUAUUGGAAGAUGUGCUUUUGGUUUACAAACAGAUGCUCAGAAAGACUCUACUGAUCCAUUUUUGACCCAAAUCAGAACCCUGUUCAAUGGUUUAACAAAAUCUAUCAUUUUACCUUUAGUUAUGUUUAUGCCGUUUUUACGGUACUUUAUCUUUGCUGUUAAAAAUAUUGUGGUUAUAUUUGGAAUGAAUCCUGUAGUUUGGUUAAGAGAACAACUAACAGAAGUUAUAUCUAUAAGAAGAGAUAUGGGACCACGAUCAACAAUUGUCGACCUAGUGCAACUCAUGAUAUACCCAGAAAUCAAGAAUCAACAUAAGAAUAUAGAUUCAAUUCUCAAGCGACCAAUGUCUGAUAGAGAAGUUGUCGCUCAAAGUCUGACGUUUCUCUUAGCUGGAUAUGAAACCACUAGUACCGGUUUGGCGUUUAUGAGUCAUGUUCUUGCCAUGAAUCCAAGCAUUCAACUCAGGCUUCAGGAAGAAAUUGAUGAAAAAAUAGGAGAGAAUGAAAUUGACUACGAUUCAAUCCAGAAAUUAACAUUUUUUGAUCAAGUUUUUGACGAAGUGUGUCGAAUGUAUCCUACAGCGUCAUUAAUUGUUACACGACGGGCAUCUGAGACAAAGAUAUAUAAUGGUAUUACGAUUCCAGAAGGCAUUAAUAUACAGGCUAAUAUCUGGGCCUUACACAGAGAUUCGUCUUAUUGGCAACAACCUUCAACGUUCGAUCCUGAUAGAUUUUCUCAAAGGAGACGCAGUGAAAUACAGGGAUACACAUAUCUUCCUUUUGGUGCCGGUCCUAGAGCUUGUAUUGGAAUGAGAUUUGCUAUAUUAGAAACUAAAAUAACUAUAGUAAAAGUGCUCAGAAAAUUUCAAAUAAUAAAAGGUGACAAUAUGAAAGCAGACUUAGAUGUGGAAUCACGUGGUGCCAUUGUUCCUAAAGAUCCAGUCAACGUGAAAGUCAUUAGACGCGAAACCAAUAUAAAUGCAGGAAUCAAAGAUUCUUGA